AUGGAGUCCACCGGAGAACAAUCUGGACUGCUGCACCAGAUCCUACCACCACGCUUGGAAGACGCAGGCCUCGAAGAUCCUGCUCUCCCUCCCGAAUCCAUCCACCAAGCUUUUCUCAAAGCAGCCGCCGCCGUCAAAUCACGCGCUGCCUCCAUCUUCUCCUCCGAAGACGACGCCGCCGAUUGCGUCGGAAUCGAGCCGGAGAAUCACCCGCCGGGGCCCUGCAUCGUCGAGAAAGGAAGGCAACCGGUUGCCGACGAUGUUAAGGUUGGCGGCGGUGGCGUGGAGGAGGUCGGAGACGAUGUGGUGGUGGGGGGAGGAUGGGGAAGCGUGUGUGGAUGA